AUGAUUAAAAGAGAUUAUUUGUCAUUUCAUUAAGUGUUUGAAUAAAGAGUAUAGUUUAAAAGUCACCAAAGAAGAAUUGCUUAAGUAAGGGGGUCAAGCUAUAACGACUCUGAUUAUUCGAAGCUAAUUGAGCAAGUCACAGGGUUUUAGCAACGAAUGAGAAAGAGAAAUCAUCAAAUCCAAGAGUAGCAAAUAUAAGCAAAAAAUGAAUUACUAUCUUAACGAUUGAGAUCGAUACAGAAAACUGAGCCAAAAUUACAAUUAAAUGACCUAAAAAUAUAUAGUUCUAGGAAACAGUUUUAGCUGCAAUACGAUCGGGAAGUAUCUAAGUAAAAUUCUAGACUGAGAGAACGAAUAAAGUCGAUUGAGCCCCAAAUAAAUAGAAAAACUCUGAAUUAAGAUUUUGUGAAACAUUAAAUUACUUUGGAGAGAAUGCAGAAGUUCAAAAUGAAAAAUAACAGAUGCGUGUUAAAGUCGUUAGAGAGGAUUGAAAACUGCGAAUCAUAAAACCAAAACAAAUACUUGAAAUAUUACACACAAACAAUAAAAACUGAGCCUGAUAAAGAAUAUAGUGCUUGCAGAUCUAAUACUAAUAAAGUACUGAGUUUUAUAAAUCUGAUUGAUUGA